AUGUUGCAGAUGGAAUUGCGACAAGUCGUGUCUGUGUGUGUUAUCGUGUUUCUCCUGGCCGCCGUGCCUGGGAUCUCCGGGUCUCGGCGAUGGGAGAAUCGAAACAGGGACACGGCUAGAGGUCGACAACGGGAGUCGCUUCGCGAGGAACUCAGGGAACAGAGGACUCAGAUCGACAGACCUCGAGUCGAUCAGCAGGCUGGUCCCGAUCCUCCCAUCAAAAAUGAACACUCCAGGAACCUGAAAAUUGGGGUUCGCGAGCUUUUGUCCCCCGUGAAACGGGGUCGUGAACCCAAAAAGUUUGAGAAUCUCUGGUCCAGUCCAUCUCCGUUGGAUACUUGA